ACUGGUUUGGCCGCAGGCGGCCACGACCGCCAACGUCUGAAGUAGGUAGGAGUGAGGGCGGGGAGGGGGACAGACGGAGAGUGGGACGAUGCUUCACUUUCCGGUCAGUCUGGGUGUUGUAUGCGACUGUGGCGGUGAAGUUCUUUUCCCUGUUCUCAGUGAGAGGAGGCGUGCGUGCGGGUGAUGUGGCGGCAUUAUUGUGGCGAAUGUAAUGUAUCCAUACUUUCCGGUGGAGGGAGGGUUGGAGUCUGAGGCAGCAGGGUCGUCGCCUUACGAUGCUGUUGCCACAGAGGUUGAGCGGAACGGAGGCGUGAAGUGGAAGGAAGGGGACGAAGACAAUCGGUUGGUAGAUCGGCGCCGGGCUGAGGAAGAGGAGGAGGAGGAGGAAGAGGAGGAGGAGGAGGAGGAGCAGGAGGAGGAAAGGACAGGAGGCAAACGAGCUUGGAGCGACGAGGAGAAGGAAGAAGAGGACAGGUCGAGAAGCAGCGGUAGGGGGCGGAGGAGGAGGAGGAGCAGCAGCAGAGGUAGAGGAGGGAGGUUGGCUGGUUCAUCUCCAUCUCCGAUGGAGAACAACAGUGGCAAACGAUCCACCACUUUCAAUGUACCAGUGUGCAAGGACUUCGGUAGGGGACGAUGCGUGCGUGGAGAUUACGAGUGUCGUUACGCCCAUCCUCCUGUGGGAAUGGCGACGGAGCCGACGCCUGAGGGAGAUGCGGUGACUGUGUGCAACGACUUUCUGAGGGAGAGGUGCACGAGAGGCCCAGCUUGUAGGUAUUACCACCCACCGCCGCACAUAAGGCAGGCCAUCCCGGGAAUCCCAGACAGGCCAGACAGAGGCGUGUCUGCGGCGAUGGUGGCAGCCAUACCUCCGCCGCCGGUAAUGCCGCUAAAUCUCGCCGGCAUAGCUGGAGGCGGAGGAGGCAUGAGGCCUGCCUUGGAGGUGUGCAGGGAUUACCUGCGCAAUUGUUGCACGCGGGACGCGUCCGACUGCAGGUUCGCUCACACGACACCGUCGACAGGUCAAGGAAACAUGGUGACAGUGUGUCAGGACUUCUUGAAGGGCCGCUGCGAGAGAGACUCCUGUCGUUACUUCCAUCCUCCAGAGCACCUUAAGCCUCGAAUCCGCGAUUUACCGCAGGGAGGUGGUAUGCUGGGGGCAAACGCCAUAGAAGCUCGGAUCAAUGCGGCGGCGUAUCAGGCGGCGUAUCAAGCUUAUGCUGCCAGUUUGUUGGAGAUGCAGCAGCAAGCGGCUAAACGGAUUCGCCUGGAGGCAGAGGAAUACGGCCCCGUGGCGGCGGGACUGCACGGGGUUGGAGCGUACGGGCUGCCACUCGAUGGGAAUAGGUUACGCAAGUCGCCCUUGGAGUCGUCGUACCCUUAUGGGCAUGGUGGGGUGUUUCCACCUCCUCCGCCGUCGCUCUCGUUGCUCAACGCUCACGGCAUGGGAAACCCCGACCACGACAAGCUUCCCGUAUGUCGUGAUUUCCUGAAAGACAAAUGUGUGAGGGGCUCGUCUUGUCGUUAUGUGCAUCCGGACGCGAACACUGCGGUGGUCGAUAACUGUGUGACCGUUUGUCGGGAUUCGCUGAAGGGGAGAUGUCAGCGGGAAGUAUGCCGGUUUUAUCAUCCCCCGGCAAAGCGGGAGGCGGCGUAAUGGGGAGUUGUGGGUGGGUCGCGGGGGGAGGAUGGGUAUGAACUGGUGAUGGUUUCUAGGCGCACAACAGCGCGGUGCAGACAAGCGAUGUGGCGGCAAUCAGUGUGAGCAAUCCGAGCGGGAAAGCCCCGCACGAAGGAAACAGUAAAAUGCGGCGGUGUGGGAGGCACAGUAGACAGGGUGGCAAUCAGAAAUAAUCGCAGCGGCGGUUGACACGGGAGGAAGGGGGGGGGAGGAGGGGAGAUGCGGGAAGGAGAAAAGAGACAGUCGGGAGUAGAUGAGUUCGACUAGAGAAGAAGAGAGGGGGGGGGAGGAGAGCGGGGGAGGGGAUUGAUCGCAUUGCAUCAUGACAUAAAUUAUGGUAAUCAUGGUGGCGAUGAUGAGGAUAACGAUGGGAAUGGAGAGACUGAUGGGCGACGGCGAGCGGGAAGAAAGGUGAAGCAAGGGCGGGGAAACUGAAAAGCUUCGCUGAUUUGAGAACGAAGGGGGGGGAGAGAGAGAGAGAGAGAGAGAGAGAGAGAGAGAGAGAGAGAGAGAGAGGAGGAAGACGACAUUGGGAGGAGAGUUCGCUGACGAAAUGACAGGUAAGCGUGUGCAGACUCUCCAAAGCAUCUGCCGCCUGCGGCAGCAGUAGCAAGCUUUAUCGCGAGAACAAAGCGCACGCUUGCAGCAGAGCAACUGAGCUGUGGAUGGAUGGAUGGAUGUGGAUGGAUGUCUGGCUGGCUGUCGCUGGCAGCUGAUAUUAUUGGCGAUGGAAGAGGAUACAAAUGGAUGGAUCAGAUGAAUCACAAGCAGGAAGAUGGUGCGGAAUUUGCGCGCUGUCUUUCCUCGACCUUACGAUUGAUAGUUUUGUACCAUCUACUACCACCCAAUUCCAUCACAACCACCACCAUUACCAUAUUACCAACAAGAAAGAGAAGAAAAGAAGAUGAAACAAGAAGAUGUAGAAGAGAAGAAGAAGAAGAAGAUGAUGACGCAGCAGCCGCGGCGGCGCACACGAGUGCCAAGCGAAGCAGCGGCAAUUGGCAGCAGCACGGCGAUUGAAAGGUAAAAGGCGAAGCGACGCACAGCCAGCUUCCGCUGAAGCAUUCUAUCGUGGAAACCCCAGCCAAGCGAGCAAGCCCAGCCAGCCACCCAGCCCGCCAGCGAGCGAUUGAGCGAGCUAACGAUUGUUGUGCUGAUAGCGCGCGAGAGUAUGCGGAGGACAUGCCAAGUGUCAUCGGCUCCUUCCUUUCCUGCUCCUACGUUGUGCGGUGGGCGCUGCUGAUCUGAUGAUGAUGUGACAUUGUUCGUUUGGUUCUUUCUUGCUCGCUCUUGCUGUAACUAAUCUGCUGCGAAGAUGAUCUUGCCGCCGCCGCCGCCACCCCCUCCUCCUCCCGCCUUUCGUUUGUGCCCUAUUAAACGACACCGUCAGCGCUGAGAGAGCGAGCGAGCGAGCGAGCGAGCAAGCGAGCGAGCAUGGAAUCAGUCACUCUGCGACUCUUCUUCCUAUGGCAUGGCGUUCAAAUGAUUCGUCGGAGGUCUGGACUCUCUGUAAAAGCUUGAGCAGAAGCUGUCUGGCCGCUUCCGCUGCUGCCAUCGCCGCUGUCCCCGCUUUUGUCGUCUGCAACGUGAACCAUCAUCGAACUGCCUGAUUGCUCAGAGACUCUCCUUUUCGUUACCACCUGCCUUCUACUCUUGUCCCUCGAAUAGAGCGCAUAUUCCGUCUUCCUGGCACGAUGACAAACAGUGUUCCUUGGAUCUGGACGGUGCAUCCGUUCAUCUAUACUCGCUGCUGCAGGCAGGCAGGUGCCAGGCAGGCAGGCAGGCAGACAAAUGUAUACUACUGAUAGACAGCCAGGGAGCAGGAGGCACGCGGGCAGCAGGAGGUGAUCGGCAGGAGGCAAGCAGCAAGGCGUGGGGCGGUGGGCAGAUGUUGCCAGUGUCCUCCGCUGGUGUUUUCACAAUUUUCGAAUUUACUUCCAAGUCGCG